AUGGAAAUUGGGAGAGAAGAAGAAGGUGAAGCCAUGGCGUUGUCUCCCCCAACUGUGGGAAUCAUGCAGAUAACUGGGAGCAGUGGCUUUAGUCAUAACAUGGAGUUCAUGUCCCCAUCACAUUCAACAAACAUUAACUCAGAGAUAGAGAUACAUGUUGAGUAUUUGAGCACCACCAAGGAUCGCCCACUUCCAAUAUAUCUCAAGUUUGAAGAUGUGGAAUAUAAGGUAAAAGACAGGCACACUUCCUCCAGAAACCCUGUGAAGGCACACUUGAAGGCUAUGAUGUCUCAGUUGAACUUGGAUCAAGAGAACUACAAGCACAUUUUGAAGGGUGUAACAGGAAGCAUAGGCCCUGGAGAAGUCCUUGCUUUGAUGGGACCUUCAGGUAGCGGAAAGACAACAUUACUCCAGAUAAUAGGAGGAAGAUUGCAUGAAAAUGUUAAAGGGAGCAUCACUUACAAUGACAUUCCAUAUAACCCGGCUCUUAAGAGGAGGAUUGGAUUUGUAACCCAAGAUGAUGUUCUCUUCCCUCAAUUAACAGUGGAAGAAACCUUGGUUUUUGCUGCAUUUCUCAGACUUCCUAGCAACAUGAGCCAACAACAGAAGUUUGCAAGAGUAGAUAUGAUUGUGAAGGAACUAGGCCUUGAGAGAUGUCGCCAUACWAGRAUAGGAGGAGCAUUUGUGAAAGGAAUAUCUGGAGGCGAAAGGAAAAGGACUAGUAUUGGUUAUGAAAUUCUUGUGGAUCCCUCAUUGUUGUUGCUUGAUGAACCCACUUCAGGCCUUGAUUCCACCUCUGCAAAUAAGCUUCUUCAUAUUCUUCAAGGAAUUGCUAAGGCAGGAAGGACAAUUAUCAUUACAAUUCAUCAACCUUCAAGUAGAAUGUUCCACAUGUUCAACAAGAUUUUGCUCAUAUCAGAGGGAUGUCCUGUGUAUUAUGGGAACGCUAGAGAAUCCAUGGAGUACUUCUCAUCAUUGAGGUUUGYACCUCAGAUAGCCAUGAACCCUGCAGAGUUCUUGUUAGACUUGGCAACUGGGCAAGUUAAUGACAUAAGUGUCCCAGAAGACUUGGUGAUGCUUCAAGGAACUCCUGAAUUUGAGAGAGACGUGGUUAAAUAUGUACAAUUGAAGUACAAAGUCUGGGUGGAACCUAAAGAAAAAGCAGAGAACCAUGGCAUGGUGAAGAUACCACAACACCUUCAGUUAGCUGUUCAAGUUAAGAAGGAUUGGACCAUGAGUUGGUGGGAGCAGUUCAUGAUAUUAUCAAGGAGAACAUUUAGAGAGAGAUACAGAGGUUACUUUGACAAGCUAAGGUUUGUGCAGUCCCUUGGAGUUGCAGUCUUAUUAGGCCUUCUGUGGUGGAAAUCCAAAACUGGAACUGAAGCACAACUAAGAGAUCAGGUUGGUCUGAUGUUCUACAUCUGCAUUUUCUGGACAUCAUCGUCAAUAUUUGGAGCAGUGUAUGUCUUCCCAUUUGAGAAGAUAUACUUGGUAAAAGAAAGGAAAGCAGACAUGUAUAGACUAAGUGUGUACUAUGCAUGUAGCACGCUGUGUGACAUGGUGGUUCAUAUUUUGUAUCCUACAUUCUUCAUGCUCAUUUUAUAUUUCAUGGCUGACUUCAAGAGAACAGUCCCUUGCUUCUUCAUGACAAUAUUCUCUAGUACUAUUGAUUGUAGUAUAACAAGCCAAGGAGCAGGGGAACUCGUUGCUGAUGCUGUUUUAAGCAUCAAAAGAGCUGGGAUGAUUGCCUCUUUGGUCCUAAUGUUGUUUCUCCUCACUGGAGGUUACUAUGUCCAGCACAUACCAGCAUUUAUGCAGUGGUUGAAGUAUAUAUCCUUCAUGUACUAUGGAUUUCGUCUUCUAUUAAAAGUGCAAUACUCUGGAGACCAAUUAUAUGAAUGUGGAAACAAAGGUGGAUGCCGAAGCUUACAGAGUUCACCCACAUUUGAUACAGUAAACUUGAAUGGUGGCUUGAAAGAAGUCUGGGUUCUACUAGCAAUGGCACUGGCUUAUCGUUUAUGUGCUUAUGUUUGCCUUCGCAGAAGAAUAAACAUGUGUUAUCUUUGAUAGAUUAUUACAUGAAACAGACUGA